CCGGACCACUGAAGCGGGAAGGAUUUACUCACAGCUCGUGCAAGAUCGGAAGACUUCAAUUUUGGAGAAUCAGUCCAGAGAGAAUGAGGUGUCGCUGGGUGAAGCAUGAGCUGUCAGAGGAUCAGUCAUAAGCGGCUGUCUCUGCUAUGGGAGGGGGCGGCUCUCAGCCUCUGGAUCUGCUGCUGCUGCUCCUUUUGGACCUCCGGGCCCACCGCCUCCGCGUCCGCCGCGGCCGGUGGAGCUGCAGCAGGACACGGCGACGGCACCUCCGGAUCCCUGGGCUGGCUGCUCUCCGAUAAAGGACCCUUCCAGCAGUCCUUGGAGUUCACGGAGGCUGCGGAGAGAUACCAGCAGGGUUACAGCACCAGAUACAAGAUCUACAGGGAGUUUGGUCGAUGGAAGGUCAACAGCCUGGCGGUGGAGAAGCGGGACAGUCUCAGUGGCAGCGGAGGCCUCGCUCUUCCACUCGACCCGGACUUCAUGCACACCAUCCGGCAGCUGGGGAGGCGUCCAACCCUCCAGACAAUCACAGAGAGUCUAAUCAAGAAAUAUGGCACCCACUUCCUCCUCUCGGCCACUCUGGGAGGGGAGGAGGCUUUGACAAUAUUUGUGGACAAGAGGAAGCUCAGCCAAGAGUCAUCGUCCUCUGGGGUCGAAGGCAGCAACAGGAGCUCAAACAGUACGGGAACGGUGACCCUGGAGGCCCUUCACCAGCUGGCUGCUUCCUAUUUCACUGACAGAGAGAGCACCCUGCGACGGCUGCACCACCUCCAGAUCGCAUCCACUGCCAUUCGGGUGACAGAAACCAGAACCGGGCCCCUCGGGUGCAGCAACUAUGACAAUUUGGACACAGUCAGCUCCGUCUUAGUCCACAGUCCAGAAAACAAAGUCCAGCUGCAAGGGCUGCAGGUGAUCCUGCCCAGCUACCUGCAGAGCCGCUUCAUUCAGGCAGCUCUCAAUUACAUCGGCUGUAAAUCUGAGGGUCAGUUUGUGUGUCAGAACAGCGACUGCUGGUGUGAGUGCAGUGUGGACUUCCCUCAGUGUAACUGUCCUCACGCUGAUCUGGACACUCUGGAAAAUAACCUGCUGCGCCUCGCAGACGCCUGGAGGCGGACCAACCAGGAGUUUGAGGAAUCAGAAGAGUUUCAGAGCUUUGUUGGGAAACUGCCAAGCCAUUACGCCGUAAACACAUCUGUCGUGGAACACUUGUGGAGGACGGACGCCAGCUUGUCCCAACGCUACAGGCAGCUGGAGACAAGCAGCGACCAGCUUCUCACCAAAGCCCGCCGCACCGCUAACAAGCUCUUCAGCCUCAGCAAGAGGUGCCGAAAACAGCCCAAAGUCGUCCUACAGAGGCCGAGGCCUCUGCACUACUGGCUGACCUACGCCCUCUCCGUGCUAUACUGCAGCGAGAACAGCCAGGUGGGCGUGUUCAGCGAUGAGAGCCGCAGCUGCUCCUGCCCCUACACCCACCCGCCCUGCCAGGCCCUCAUGCCCUGCUCAGUUGGCGAUGGUCCCCACUGCGCCUCCUGCUCCAUGGAGAACCGCACACGAUGCUCCAGCUGCAACCCCGGUUUCACCCUGACCCAAGGAGCCUGCCGUCCCGCCGUGCCCGACCCAACAGACCCGUACCUGGGCAUGGAGAGUGACAGAGACCUGCAGGAUUUGGAGCUGCGCUACCUUCUGCAGCGGCAAGACCCUCGCAUCGCUCUGCAUGCCGUGUUUGUGAGCAACGACGUGCGUGUGAACACUUGGUUUGACCCGUCCUGGAGGAAAAGAAUGCUGCUCACACUCAAGAGCAACCGGGUGAAGUCUAACCGUGUUCACAUGCUGCUGGGACUCACCCUGCAGUUCUGCCUCACCAGAAACAGCACGCUCGAGCCAGCAAUGUCUCUGUUUGUGAAUCCCUUCGGGGGCAGCCACUCAGAAAGCUGGACCAUGCCUAUAGGUCAGCACGGAUACCCAGACUGGGAGCGGACCAGGCUGGAUAUCCCUUUGGACUGCUAUAACUGGACGUUGACUCUGGGAAACAGAUGGAAGAGCUUUUUUGAGACUGUUCAUUUUUACCUGAGGAGUCGUAUGAGAGACUCUGUGGGAGUGACAGGAGGAAACAAGAACACAACAGUGUACUACGAGCCUCUGGAGGCUACAGAACCAUCGAACAACAUCGGCUACAUGAAAGUGAACAGCAUGCAGCUGUUUGGAUACAGCGUGCACUUUGACCCCGAGGCCAUCCAGGACUUGAUUCUGCAGAUAGACUAUCCAUACACUCAGGGAUCACAGGACUCAGCCCUGCGGCAGCUGGUAGAGCUACGCUACAGGGUUAACCGCCUCUCGCCUCCAGGGGCUCAGCACGUGGAUCUGUUCUCCUGUCUGCUCCGGCACAGACUCAAACUGUCGAGUGCAGACGUGAGCAGGAUACUCACCGCCCUGCAGGCUUUUAGUGCCAGACAACCAAACCAUGUAGAGUACGAGGCAAAUAAACUGUGCAGCUAAUGGACACUAUUUGAUGUUUUCUACAAUUUCCUCGCCACAGACAGGCUGUUGUCCUUUGUCAGCUGGAUCUGUUUGUGUAAAGUGUGUGGUAUGUUG